UACCGCAGGCUGAGGCGAGGGCACACGCAAUUCGUGGAAGUUUUUUUUUUCUGCGUGGACGCACGCGCUGUGUUGUGUUGUGUUGUGUCGCACGCAAAGUGGAUACAAAGUUUGGACUCUCACGGAUUUUUCACCGCGUUGUGAAAGAACUCGACCCCUGUGCCUCCUCCCUCCAAGGGCGGCUUGAGGCCUCACCACUCCUUUUGUAAGCCAUGAAGUGUGUCUAAUUCCGAGCCUGGAAUUACCAUGUUGCCUCUCUUCCGCCUACUCUUCCUCUCCUUCAGUCUGGUUUCAUCCUACGAGUGCCCUGAGGAUUGUACUUGUCAAGGCCUGAGCACAAUAUUUUGCAUCAAUCAACGGUCCAACACUGUUCCCCGUGUCCCAUCCAGUACUGUGAAUCUCUACAUCUUCCAAAAUGGCAUCAACUCUUUGACCCCAAAUGACUUCACAGGACUGGAGGAGUUGGAUAUGCUCGAUCUGAGCCAGAAUGAGUUGGAAGAGAUUCCGGAAGGUGUAUUCAAGAUGCUGACCAAACUUAAGAACUUGGAUUUGUCCUCUAAUGUCAUUACUCACAUUUCCAAAGACAGCUUUUCUGGGUUGGUCCAGCUGGAGAGACUGUAUCUUCAUCAGAAUCUCAUCCAGAGCAUCCAUCCUGAAGCUUUUCAAGGUUUAGAAAUGCUCCUGGAACUCAAGCUCCAAGGGAACAAACUCAGCUCCUUGCCAUCCCUUCAGUUACCCCGACUUCUGCUUCUUGACAUCAGUCACAAUAACAUCCCAGACUUGGGUGUCUCAGACCUCCAGACUCCUCACUUGGAAGCCCUUAAAAUGUCUUCUCUUGGGCUUAUCUCUCUGGAUGACAACCUCAUUGCCUCCCUGGGAAAUCUCCAUGAGCUCGAUAUUUCCAUGAACCAGAUUGCAGAGGUUCCCCGUGCCCUAAAGCAGGACUCCCUCAAGGGUUUGAUCAAACUCAACCUGGCUGCCAAUCCAUUGGGUGAGCUCAGAAAAGAGGACUUUCAGAAACUCAUUGGGCUUCAAGAACUGGACCUCAGUGGCGUUAAUCUUCAGGGAUUUCCCCAAGACUUUUUCCAGUCUUUCCCCAGACUGACAAAUCUGGCAGCAGCUGAGAAUCCAUUCAACUGUUUGUGUCCAUUAGCUUGGUUUCCAGGAUGGUUGCACGAGAGAACUGUGAACCUGCUGAGGCCUGAAGAGACCCGGUGUCACUUUCCUCCAACUAAUGCUGGUAAGAGACUUUCAGCACUGGAGCACAAGGAUUUUGGAUGUCCACCAACUACAACUUUUCUGAUUAAGUCUCCCAGCGGGAGUACUCCUGCUCCUCGGGUUCCUACCACAUCCCCAGAAACAACCCAUACCAAUGCCAUACUCCCUCCUCCACCACCGAGUGGACAAACCCCGGACUCAAAGACAGAUAUGCUUCCGUCAGAAUCUCCUGCAUCCCCAAGUUCCACAAGUGGGCAAUAUGAGCAGCACAUCUGUCCGGCAAACAUAUGUCUUAAUGGGGGCACUUGUAACUUUGACCCAAUGGGACAACUGAGCUGCCUGUGUCCUUCAGGAACAUCUGGACUCUAUUGUGAAAACACUAACAAUGUUCCCGAACCACCAAAACCAUCAGCAACGGAAGUGUCCGUGGUGGCUCCCACAGUUCUUGAAGAACUCAAUGCUAUCAGCUCACGCCAGGUGACCUCGACAUCUAUCCUUCUUGAUCUGCAUCGGUUCAUCAAGACACGGCCAAACAUUCGAGGCAUCAGGCUGACGUAUCGGAAUCUCUCAGGUCCUGACCGCCGUCCCAUGAUAUUGAGUGUUCCGGCAUCGUACCCGGAGUACACAUUACGUGGACUGAUACCCAACUGUACGUACUCUGUCUGCGCCAGCCCCCUUGGUGACAGAAUGAACUCCAGAGCUAAUACUUCAAUAGAAACAGCAUCUUGUACAGAAGCUCACACCGCCGGGGUUCCUCUUACAUCCUUAGAACCUAGAGUGGAGACACAGACCUCACUCACAUAUACUCUUAUCCCUGCCAUUGCCGCUCUGGCGCUGGUGCUGCUGCUAGCUUUGGUAGCAGGUAUGAUCAUCUGUCUCCGGAAGAAAAGGCAGAGCAAGGCGGGGAUGGAGCUGGAACUUGGUCCCGCAGAUCCCAACAACCCGACAGAAGUUGAGGGCAUCAAGGUGUGUCCGGAAAAUGGGGGAAACGGGACACUACCCCAUAAACAAGCGGAGCUCGACCACUGUCACAUGACACAGCCAAUGCCGCCUUUGCAACAAAAUGGUAUCUUAGACUAUGAGGUGCCUUUGAUGCAAGGACACUCGCCGUCAAAUAACAAUCGAUCAUCCCUAAAGGCGUCAUAUUUCUAAUGCUUUUAAGGUCCAUCAAAAUUCUGUGUAGUGGUUUAGCAUCCUAAACGUUCAUUCUAAUCGGAAUGUGGUACUUAUUCUUUGCUUCCACAAAUGACUGGAUUGUCCAUUUCAGAGAAUGAGGAGUAGCAAUUACAAUUGCAGCGUUUUGGAAAUUAGCUAAACCGCUGCGGGACAACAAGCACAUUGUGGUUUUCUAAUGGGUUGGACUUUGACGAAACCCAACCAAGUGCAGUUGACAAGAGAAGUCCUUGUAGCAAGACCCAACCACUGACCGUGGUUUGUUGAAUGGGAUGUAAAUCUCAUGCUGGAUUUGGAAGAGAACUGGAGGAAAUCACCGCUAUAAAUAACAAGAAGAUAGACCGGAACUGAAAUGACUUAUUACUCCUACUUUUCAGUGUCUCCAUCACAAACUGUAGUAAGACUGAUGAUCAGAUAAUGAUAAAGACAUUUUUUUGGAGCUAAACUUCCAAAUAGAUGGAUUCCAAACUUGGAUUCUUCACUGUCAACAGAUUCAUCCAGAAUUCUCCAUACUUCCAAUCGAUUUUGGCUCAGUGGGAGCUAAAUUUGCUGUGAAAGAGAAAUGGACUGAAUGAAAAGCCAUUGGGUCUGCCCAGAUUGUCAUAUGUCAUGGCAGGAAGGCUGAUGUGUUUUUUGUGAUAUGUUUUUGUGCCUAAUUCAGUAUUGUCGUCAAAAAAAAAAAGCCCACCUACAAUUCAUUAAGGAUUCAACCAUUGUAAAAAUUCUAAGGUUGGCAAAGAACUGAAACUCUUAUCCAGGACUCAGGUAACCAUCAAUCUGGUACAAAACGACGUUUUUGACGAUGUAGCUCAAGGAUGUCCAAAUAUUUUCACACUUUUACAGAAAAAUCGAUAGAUAUAAAGCACCUUGAAUGUCGGAGGAUUAGGCCCACUCUGAAAAGAAAAAACAAUAAUAAUAAUAAUAAUAAUAGUACAAGACAUUUGCGAUCAGGAAGACCAUGUUUUUAUCACGUAUUUGAUGCUUUUCUGUUAACCACCUAAAGUUGACAUGUUUUAUAGCAGUGUUCCAUAGGACAUGUAAAUGUUCCCUUCUAAGAAGCACUCAUAAAACAUGACGCUACAUCGUAAUUACAGAUGAAUUGUAAUUAAAGCAACAAAAAAAACAGUUUCGUCAGCUUUUCCACAACACUGUCCACUCUCCUCCCAUCCUGCCAUCCAUUCUGCACUGCAAAGUAAACACAAGACAUACACGUAUCUGCCCCCUCCAUUAACAAAUCAACUGGAAGACUUUUGUGUUGUGUUUGUAACAUGCUCGCUUAAGAGCUAUCAUGUUUUGUAUUGUCUCUGUUUGUCAAAAAGUCAAAACAUUUUGUUGUUUUUCUAUGUGUUUGCCAGAAAAUGAUGCAGACAAAAAAAGACAGUAUUAAAAAGACUCAUUUUUCUAUAAAACUGUGCUGUUUGUUAUCGGAAAAAAAUUAUUUUAAUAAUUCAUUUCAAGGUUCUUUAAAACAUACAAUGUAAGGUUAGAUUGUAUGGUUGUACCUAAAUAGGAGUUUUAGAAGUUAUUAUUUACAUGCGUCCAAUUAUGUAUUGCCAGGCACAUGCAUACAUGCUGCAGACUUUAGGGAUGUGGAAUGGUUUUAAAUGGAACAGUGUGCUGUUAA